AUGGCAGGUAACAGGUUACCAGUUGAGGUUAUCACUCAUAUCAUGAGGUUCCUAAGUGUCUCAGACCGUAAAGAAGCCUGCUUAGUGAACAAGAUCUGGUAUGAGGCCUACUCCGACCCUGUAAUACAGAGAGAUAUUGUAGUAACAUUCCACUCCCACAGCACAUACUGUAAGGAACCUUUGUCAGGUCUGCGGAGACGUCAGACCCCAAAUUUAGUCCUCAACGAGAUAGAUGACUCUAAUAAAUCCAAGGACAUGAUCCUUAUGUCAUGCCAGUAUCUUAGUGAGAACUUGCAGAGCUUGUCACUAAAAGGCUGUGAGGUGAGUGUCGGGACUUUCAUGACUUUCAUCAACCAGUGCUGCACCCUGGUGAGCUUAGAUCUCAGUUGCUGUAAUAACUUGUUCAUGACAGGCACCCUGCUCCAGAAUGCGGAAGAAAGGGAGAAACUGCAGAAAGUUUUAGAAAAUGUGCGAUAUUUGAACUUGAGCGGGAUACGCUUCCUCUCUGAUGUUACCUUCAACAGAAUGGUAGAGGUGUGCUGCAACAUCGAGUCCCUCUCCCUGGCAUCUUCGCGCAUCACAUUCAACUCAGACCCUUACAAGAGAAACACCGCACAUGGCCCCAGUGCAUCCUUGCUCACUUUUGAAAACAUUAUGAAAUUCAUCGAGGACAACAGCAAUAAGAUCAAUGCUCUAGACUUCAGCCGCACCUCCAUCAAUGACGAGGCACUCCUAACAGUGGCCAGCACAAAGGGUCUUAAACUUCAGAGACUUGUCCUCCACACUUGCAGAGAGCUGGGAUCCGAAGGAGUCGUGGAUCUCUGUAAGACACAAAAAGACUUGGAACACUUGGACUUGGCUGAGUGCUUUGAAGUGGGAAACCAGGGGGCUGGUGCCAUCAUGAGGAACCUAUCGCUGUUAAAAUUCCUCAGGCUUGAGAAGUGCAGGUCACCUCCAAGGGGUUAA